CCUCCUGCCUCAGAUGUCUAUAAAUGCCCAGCCUGUCCACGCCAGCCAGUCCUCAACACCUGAACCAUGUUGGGAAUUACAGUCCUCGCUGCCGUCCUGGCCUGCGCUUCCAGCUGUGGGACCUCCACCUUCCCACCUAACCUGUCAGCCAGGGUGGUGGGAGGAGAGGAUGCCGACCCCAACAGCUGGCCUUGGCAGGUCUCUCUUCAGUACCUCAGGGAUGACACAUGGAGGCACACCUGCGGGGGCAGUCUCAUCACCACCAGCCACGUCCUCACUGCCGCUCACUGCAUCAACAAAAGCUUCACCUACCGUGUGGCCCUGGGGAAGUAUAAUCUGACGGUGGAGGAUGAGGAAGGCUCCGUGUACGCUGAGGUGGACACCAUCUAUGUCCAUGAGAAGUGGAACCCUCUCUUUCUGUGGAACGACAUUGCCCUCAUCAAGCUGGCCGAGCCCGUGGAGCUGAGCGACACCAUCCAGGUGGCCUGCAUCCCAGAGCCAGGAUCCUUGCUGCCUCAGGACUAUCCCUGCUAUGUCACUGGCUGGGGUCGCCUCUGGACCGAUGGUCCUAUUGCUGACGUGCUCCAGCAGGGCCUGCAGCCCAUCGUGAGCCACGCCACGUGCUCCAGGUUGGACUGGUGGUUCAUCAAGGUCCGGAAGACAAUGGUGUGCGCUGGGGGUGAUGGUGUCACCUCUGCCUGUAACGGAGACUCUGGCGGCCCGCUGAACUGCCAAGCAGAAGACGGCUCGUGGCAGGUACACGGCAUCGUGAGCUUCGGGUCCAGUAAAGGCUGCAACGUGCUCAAGAAGCCGGUGGUCUUCACCCGUGUGUCUGCCUAUAAUGACUGGAUCGAUGAGAAAAUACAACUGUGAAGAGACUGACGGCUCCAGAAGUCUCCGCAGAACCCAACAGAAAUAAAGCUCCUUCCAUGAA